AUGAUGAGCCAUAACUGUGGCGUCGUCAAAGCAACCGAGACAUUAGAAAAUAUUGAAGAUUUGGAAAUAGAGCAGAAACUUAAGCUUAUCAACAAACCUGCAGUCAAAAUCAUCAAGUCUACAUAUGGUGAACGGUAUGGGUGUGUGGAUUUCUACAAACAACCAGGAUUCAACAACUCAUCCAUGAUGAAUCACAAGAUGCGUAUGAUGUCAUAUCCUGAGGGAUCACAACUGCAAAGAGAGACACUUAGUACCAAAAAAUUUGGGCAUUUUUGGGAAAAUGGUAUAGGUUGUCCUAAUGGUACGGUCCCUAUACUUAGAGUCACCAAAGACGAUCUCUUCAGAAUGAAAUCUUUCGGUGGAGAAAAUCUGAAUCUCCAAAGUUCGUGGCACAAUACUUAUGAACCUAUGUCUGCCGGUAGUGGCUACCAUUUUGCUGUUGUGCGGACUAGUGGAAAACCAAAGAGUUUCAAUGGAGCGUACAUGACUGUUAAGAUAUGUACCCCUUCAGUUAAACCAAAUCAAAGAAGCGCUGCUCGGAUGAUGGUUCAGUUUGGAAAUGAAUUCAUCCAAGCCGGUUGGACCGCCGGAGGACAUGCAUGUUAUCACACCAGAUGCCCGAACGGAGCCGGAAUGAUACUGGUCCGUCAAGAUCUUGCUCCUGGUUUACCUCUCGCGAAUAAAUAUGCUGAAAUUGAGAUCUCCAUAUUGAAGGACAAAGGCAACGGGAACUGGUGGCUUUACGUGGCCAGGGAACAAGUUGGGUUCUGGCCAUCGAGUAGGUUCAAAGUAAGCUCCGGAACGAUGGUAGAAUGGGGAGGUGCAGUGUACAGUCCGCCAUCGUCUCCAAGUCCUAUGAUGGGUACCGGGCGUUUUCCCAAGGGGAACUCUCUCGUCGACUCCUAUAUCAGUAACAUCGCGAUCACCGACGGAGACUAUAAGGUGGAUAAAACUGUGAAUGACAGGUAUUCUUAUUCGGACAACAAUCAUGGCUAUAAAGUGAGAGACGCGACGACGACAUGGGAACAUGGUAAAGAUCAUAUUAUCUUCUAUGGAGGCCCCGGGGGAAUUUAG